UAGAAUAUUUGUGAAUUUUACAAGCCCCUUGAGCAAGAAAACAAUAGUAAGAAAAGCAAAAGCCCAUUGCUCCUCAUUCCCAAACCUCAAGUGUGAAGACUGAAGAGCACAGAGAAACAACCCACAAACGUCUUUUAGUGAUCUAAUCUAAUCGAAUCCAAAAUGUUUCUCACAAGGACUGAGUAUGACCGAGGAGUCAACACCUUUUCUCCUGAAGGCCGUUUGUUUCAGGUUGAAUAUGCAAUUGAAGCCAUCAAGCUUGGAUCGACCGCAAUUGGUUUGAAGACGAAAGAGGGUGUGGUCCUUGCAGUUGAAAAGCGUAUUACUUCCCCUCUACUGGAGCCUAGCAGCGUUGAGAAAAUUAUGGAAAUUGAUGACCAUAUUGGUUGUGCAAUGAGUGGAUUGAUUGCUGAUGCUCGUACACUUGUUGAGCAUGCACGAGUUGAAACUCAGAAUCAUAGGUUCUCUUACGGUGAACCGAUGACUGUAGAGUCCACAACUCAAGCUCUUUGUGACCUAGCUUUGCGCUUCGGUGAAGGCGAUGAAGAAUCAAUGUCUCGACCAUUUGGAGUGUCUCUCCUCAUUGCUGGCCAUGACGAGAAUGGACCUAGCCUAUAUUAUACUGAUCCUUCUGGCACAUUCUGGCAAUGUAAUGCAAAAGCUAUUGGUUCAGGAUCAGAAGGUGCUGACAGUUCUCUUCAAGAACAAUACAACAAGGAAUUAUCUCUUCAAGAAGCUGAGACUAUUGCUUUAUCCAUUCUGAAGCAAGUUAUGGAAGAGAAGGUUACUCCAAACAAUGUUGACAUUGCCAGGGUGGCUCCAGCAUAUCAUCUUUAUACCCCUUCUGAGGUGGAAGCUGUGAUAAGUCGCCUAUGAUUUUCAUCCAUUCGGGUGAUUUGUUUCGUGCCUUUGUUUCUCCUGUACGACUAUUUAAUUAGCUGUGCGCUGAAACUUUUAUGUUGCAUGUAAUGCUGCUGCCUUUAUGCCCAAGUUUGUAUGUCACACUAGGUUCUCCCGUCAUAUUUGCUGCAAUUCACUCUAGUUAAAAUUGAGGACAAAAAUGAUGUUUCGAUGUUAGGGAAAAUACAAUACGUUAACGAGAGCCAUUUGCAAGA